GAACUUUUCCGUCUUGAAGAAACACGGAGUUCCGCCCCGAACCAGAAGCUGUUCUGGCCCCGCCAUGACUCAGCAGGAGUUCUCAGACAGCGUGGAGGCGGCCCGCGCCUGGAUGGAGGAUGUGGAGAAGAGGCUGAACGCCAUCGACAACACCCAGGGGCCCCGCGACGCCCUGGAGGCCCGACUGAGGGAGACCGAGGAAAUGCGUCACUCGGAGCACGAGCAGGGCCAGAUCAAGAUGAGCCGGGUCCUGGCCGCGGCAGAAAACCUCCUGCAGAGCGGAGACGAGGAGCUGAAGAACAGCACCAACGCCAAGCUGAAGGAGCUGCAGAGCCAGUGGGAGGAGCUUAGCACCUUCAUCAUCCACUGCCACAGCCGGAUCGAGUGGGUGUGGCUUCACUGGAGCGAGUACCUGAAGGCGUAUGAGGAGUUCCAGCUGUGGCUGCUGAAGCAGCGCCGCAGCSUGGACACGGACCUGGAGCUGCAGCUGGGCCCGAAGGAGAAGCUGUGGCAGGUGGACCAGCAGCAGGUGCAGCUGAGCGACAUCCAGAACCAGGAGGCCCUGCUGGACCGGCUGCUGGACGAGGCGGCGGCGCUGCACAGCAGGACCCAGGACCCCAGUGUGGACCCACGGGCCCAGCAGGCACUGCAGGAGGACUACAAUGACGUGCGGGACCGGGCCAAGGAGCGUCUGGUUCUGCUGCAGAAGAUCAGCGACGAGCACCAGAGGUUCAACACCUGCACCCAGGAGUUCCAGGUCUGGCUCCUGUCCAAGACCAAAGAGCUGACUGAGCUGAUGGACCGGGACCACAGCGCAGAGGACAAACUGAGAGCUUUAAAGACUCUGGACGACUCCGUGGCCUCGGAGGAGAAGACCCUGCAGCACAUUGAAGACGUAGCGGAGGUGGUCCGGGUCCACACGUCUCCUGCGGGGUCUGAGGCGGUCCAGGAGGACACGGAGGAGCUGAGGCUGGGCUGGCAGCGUCUCAGACAGGGUCUCUGUGAGGCCGAGGAUGGUCUGCGCUGCAAACUGGACUCUCAGAGUCAGUACCUGACCCGCUGCCUGAAGCUGGGCGAGGACAUCAGACGUCUCAGAGAGAUGCUGGACGGAGUGGACCAGGAGCUGGAGGACACCCAGGAGUCCGGGACCUGCUCAGAGUCCAGCGAGGAGCAGAUGGUGGGCCAGUGGAGGAAGUACUCGGACGUGAGGAAGACUCUGGCAGGUGAAGAGUCUCAGGUGGAGCUGCUGAAGUCUCAGCUGAAGGAUCUCUUCAGGUUCUCUGAGGACUCUCAUCACCUGUCUAACGAUGUCCUGGCCGUUGUUAGAGAGCAUCACAGUGUGAAGGUCCGGUUGAAUCGGCUCUGUUCUGAGUCCGAGGUGGAGCUGAGGACCGUCCUGCAGGACCCCCUGCUGCUCUACUCUCAGUGGAGCUCCUCYGUCUCUCAGGUGAUGGAGGCGUCCAACAAUGUCUCCGACUUCCCCAGCAUCACCGUUCUGCUGCAGAGGAUCCAGGGUCUCCUGAAGGACAGUGUCCAGCUGCAGGAGCGUCUCAGUCUGCUGCAGGUCAAGGGGGAYCUGCUGGACUCGGUGUUUGGUCCUGAGAGGUCCGACGGGCUUCAGGAGGAGCUGAGCUCCGCCGUCAGAACCAGAGAGCUGCUGCAUGGUCAGCUGCUGCAGAGGAAGAACCGUCUGGAGGGUUUAAUUUCCAGAACCAAAGACUUUGAUGAAGCGUACCGGCUGGUUCUGUCCCAGUUGGCGGCGUUCAGGCAGCGUCUUCAGACAGCUGACGYCCUCCAGCCRGAYAUCCUGGCCAAGAAGAGCCAGCUGGACCAGCUGGUGGUUCUUCUGAGGGAGCUGCAGGACGGGGACGUCCAGCUGACGGCGCUGGAGACAYUGGUGUCCUCCGAUCAGAGCGGCAGGACUCAGUACGAGAAGCUGUGUGCUGAYUGGACCGAGCUGCAGAGGAGGGUCAUGGUUAAAGUCCAGGAGGCCGAGGACGUCGUCUCGGACCACGAGCGUUUUCAUGGCGACCAGCUGAACAUGGAGAAGUGGAUGAUGGUCAUGAGGCAGAAGCUGGAGUCGUUCUGCUCGUCAGGAGGCUGGAGCCUGGAGGGGCGCCGACCCGAGGCCCAGAGGGUUCUGGCCGAGUUCCCAGAGAAGGAGCUCCAGAUGAACCAGAUGGAGGUGUGGGUCCAGAAAGUCCUGGACAGAACCUCCAGGGACGGGCAGGUCCACAUCCAGAAAGACAUGAAGCGUCUCUCAGAGCUCUGGACGUCUCUGUGCAGCCUGAGCCUGAACCUGCACAGGCUGCUGGACGGGUCCACAGAGACGGACUCUGGACCAGCGCAGAGGAGAAGAGGAGCAGAAGCAGAACAUCUCGGUCCAUCAGGGAUAAUCAGCGGACUCGGAUCUACAGAACCAGAUGGUUCUGGUCUCGGAUUAUCAGAAGGUCUCAGGAGACGUUCUGCAGGAGCUGAUCUGGUUCCUGAGGGGACACCYGGGUCCAGAGGAGGAGACAGAACCAGGGGCAGCAGAGGACCCAAUUGGACCUGGUUCCAGGCCUGGCUGUCCAGAGAGAAGGAGGUUCUGUCUGAGAUCCAGAGAACCAACAGGACAGAACUCAGUACCAAGGAGGUCCAAAUCAGACAGGACACCCUGAAG